UCUGUGAUUUACUCCGAAGUCGGAUCGUCUGCGUCUAUGGGAGCUGAAAGCAGACCGUAAGCAUCGUGGUAUAUAGAUCGCGUGUGACUGUAAACAGAACAGGCUGAGAGGUAAAUCAGCUGACCUGCAGCAUCUCUGACUCUGACCGCAUUUCACCGCGCUGCAGGUCUGUGUUAUGCUGCCGAAAGAGGCUUCAGGUGUCGGACAAACUACGGCGCCAUGGCGGCAGAGAUUCAUCCCCGCCCGCAGACACGCAAGCCCGUCCUGCUGAGCAAGAUCGAGGGUUUUCAAGAUGUGGUGAACACGGCUGUGAUCAUCCCCAAAGAGGACGGCGUUAUCAGCGUAUCUCAAGACAGGACAAUCCGUGUGUGGUUGAAGAGGGACAGUGGACAGUAUUGGCCCAGUGUCUAUCACACAAUGCCUGUUGCAUGUUCAUGCAUGUCAUUUAACCCAGAGACAAGGAGGAUCUCCGUAGGGUUGGAAAAUGGCACUGUGUCGGAGUUUGUUCUGUCAGAAGACUACAACCAAAUGACUCCUGCUCGGACAUAUCAGGCUCAUCAGGGUGGCGUGACCGUGGUGCUGUUUGUCUUAGAGAUGGAGUGGGUUCUAAGCACAGGUCAGGACAAGAGCUUUACGUGGCACUGCUCGGAGAGCGGACAGCAGCUGGGCACAUACAGGACCACAGCAUGGGUGUCUGGACUACAAUUUGAUGUGGAAACCAGACAUGCCUUCGUGGGAGAUCAUUCUGGGCAAGUGACAAUCCUAAAGCUGGAACAGGACAACUGCAGCCUGGUCACCACAUUUAAAGGCCACACAGGCAAUGUUACGGCCUUGUGUUGGGAUCCCGUACAAAGGGUUUUAUUUUCUGGAAGUUCAGAUCAUUCAAUCAUCAUGUGGGACAUUGGAGGCCGAAAAGGAACAGCCAUUGAACUGCAGGGCCACAAUGAUAAAGUGCAGGGUUUGUGUUACGCUCCUCACACUCGUCAGCUCAUUUCCUGUGGCUCAGAUGGGGGAAUCGUUAUCUGGAAUAUGGAUGUCACUCGACAAGAGACCCCAGAGUGGCUUGACAGUGACUCGUGUCAGAAGUGUGAACAGCCUUUCUUCUGGAAUUUCAAACAGAUGUGGGACAGUAAGAAAAUUGGCUUGCGGCAGCAUCAUUGUAGGAAAUGUGGCCAGGCCGUGUGUGGCAAGUGUUCCUCGAAACGUUCCACAAUUCCUCUCAUGGGAUUUGAGUUUGAGGUGCGGGUUUGUGACAGUUGUCAUGACUUGAUUACAGAUGAGGAAAGGGCACCCACUGCCACGUUCCAUGACAGCAAGCACAGCAUCGUACAUAUGCAGUAUGAACCAACCAGAGGUUGGCUGCUCACCUCCGGCACAGACAAAGUCAUUAAGCUAUGGGACAUGACUCCAGUUGUGUCAUGAGAAUCAUCUAAAUCAUCUGCAAGCAUCAGUGAACCAGAGCUGAACCUGAACCGAGAAUCAUGUUUGUGAAGAAUGUUCGGAGGUUAGGUCACUUCCCGUGGUUGGAUUCAUCUCACGCAGGAAAAACUCAAGGAUAUCAUGACUUUGAAUUCAGCAUGUGCGUUUGUACAGUAUGUAUUUGUGCAUGUGCACGUGGGUUAUGGUAACCAAUGUGUAAAUAUUGUUGUCUAAAUCUGCUCAUUUCAGGUUGUUUAUAUUGAUAUAAACCUGUUUUAUGUUGUGUGUAAAAAUAUCUGCAUUCAUUUUGUCAUCAAGAAAUCCCUGUGUUAUUGCAUUAAAGCAUGCUGGAAGUGUUUUUAUAUUCAAGUGCCUUUACUGCACCUCAAUCAGUGGUUUAGGCAUUGGAAAAAAACAUCCACUAUUGCCUCUUGGUCAUGAUCCACUAAUCUGUUUGACUUUGUAAAUGUAAGCACUUAAUUUUACUGGUAUUUUAAUACCAGUAACUUUACCAGGAUAAUUAAACAUGCACAUAUUUACAAAUAUUGUUGUUCAUACAGGGUAAAAGUUCAGUGAUGCUUCAUUGUAAUAACAUUGUGUUUGAUCUGAUUAAAGCUGAUGUUUCAUAUA